AUGUCCGAAAGGCUGAUGCUGUCCGUGGGCUGCCACGCAAAGAUUCCAGGCGUUGGCACAUCAUACGGCUAUGUGCCCUCACUCGGCGCCGGAAUCGCCUUUCUCUCCCUCUUCGGCUUGACAAUGGUGGUCCAUACGGUUCAAUUAUGCUGGAAACGCACCUGGUGGUGUGUGGUGUUUUCUAUCGGUGCUCUUGUCGAGAUUUUGGGCUGGGCAGGUCGAACCUGGUCCGCUGAAUGUCCGUACAAUAACACUGCAUUCUUGAUGCAAAUCUCAACAUUGAUCAUGGCCCCCACGUUUUUCACAGCCGGCAUCUACGUUCUCCUCGGCCGCUUCAUCCAAAUCCUUGGGCCCGAAUCCUCCAGCAUCAAACCCAGCCUCUACCUCUGGAUCUUCUGCACCUGCGACAUCGUCUCCCUCGUUGUCCAAGCCGUCGGCGGCGGCAUGGCCUCCGGCCAAGCUGGCAAAGUUGGCGGCAACACCAAGCCCGGCACCGACGUCAUGGUCGCCGGUAUCAUCUUCCAACUCGUCUCCAUCACCGUCUUCGUCGCGUGCGCUGCUGAUUUUGUCCGGCGCACGCUGCGUCGCCGCUUACUCCAGUCGUUGAACGGGUCUGUGGUGCCGUUGCUGGGCGCGAUGAUCUUCUCCGUGCUGUGCAUUUAUAUCCGGAGUAUCUAUCGGACGAUCGAGUUGUUGCAGGGCUGGAGCGGAUAUUUGAUCACGCAUGAGAAGUACUUCAUUGUGCUGGAUGGAGUGAUGAUGGUCUUGGCGGUCGGGGUGUUCAAUGUGAUUCAUCCCGGAUGGUUCCUGCCGGAUAACAAGCGUUCUGGGGCCGCGAAACGGUCGGAUUAUGGAUGGGAGGAGGCGGAGCUGAGUUCUGUCCUUGGACAUGAGUGA